AUGGCUACGCAGCCCGGUUACUCGGGCACGGGCUCGGGCGAUUAUCUCACGGUGAUGAACAACCACUGCAUGCAAGACCAUGGAACUGUGGAGGAAAAUUACAUUGUUGUUCCUUCGCGCUGGAGACUGUCAUCGCUGUGCGGCCUAUGCGGCAAUUACAACCAGAACGGCACAGACGACUACCUGAUGCCCAACGGGAAGCUUGCCACCAGCGCCGCCCAGCUCGGGGACAGCUGGAAGGCCGAGGGAGACGAUGAUGCUGGCUGCAAACCAGACGAGCCGCACAUUCCCAGCUGUGACCCAAUCAAUGAAGAGGCAUAUAAAAAGAUGUGUGAAGUCGUUAUCUCUACCUCAGGAGCCUUUGCCAAGUGCCAUGCCGAGAUAGAUCCCGAGGCUUUCCUGAAGACGUGCAUCUACGACAUGUGUCAGUUCCACGGGAUGGAGAGCACGCUGUGCGAUAACUUCCAGGCCUACGCGGAGGCCUGCCGCGCAAAGGGCAUCAACAUCCUGUGGCGCAAUGAAACCUUCUGCCGUGAGUUUUCUGCAUGA